AUGCUCCGGACUAGCGUGAUCCUCUUUGUUGCUCUUGCCAUCAUUAGUGGGACUUCAGCAACCUCGGAUGUGAUCCCGUCCCAGAAGCUCUCGGUAGACGGUGAGCACGCAAUUGAACGUUCUGAAGCGAAAAGAAAGCUGAGAGGCCACGAGAUCGACACUGUCAAUGAAGAAAGGAGCGCUGCUGACCUCGCUGCCAAGCUUGACGACGUGUUAUCGACUCUCAAGAAAGUGCAAAACAAAACCCUGACGCAAACCAUCCAGCACUUGCAGGCGACGCACCUGUCUUGGGAGAAGCGUGAGGCCAUCCAGCACCUUGUUACGCUUUCUACUGGUGACCGUAAAAAGGUUCUGAAAUUGAUUGUGGAAAACGCUGCCAACGCCAAGAAUAUGUGA